CAGCACGAUGCGGGAGGCGCGGUUCAGGGACAACUUCUGGAGCACGGACCUGACCAGCACAGUUGGCUACGACAGCAUCAUCCAGCACCUGAACGAUGGCAGGAAGAACUGCAAGGAGUUUGAAGACUUCCUGAAGGAAAGAGCAAUUAUAGAAGAAAAAUAUGGCAAGGAGCUCAUUAACUUGUCGAAGAAGAAGCCCUGUGGGCAGACAGAGCUGAACACGCUGAAGAGAUCUCUUGAUGUUUUCAAGCAACAGAUAGACAAUGUGGGACAAGGUCACAUCCAGCUGGCGCAAACCCUUCGGGAGGAGGCAAAGAAGAUGGAGGAUUUCAGGGAAAAGCAAAAGCUGCAUCGGAAAAAGAUAGAGCUGAUAAUGGAGGCCAUUCACAAAAACAGGAAUCUUCAGUACAAGAAGACCAUGGAGGCCAAGCGUCUGUACGAGCAGCGCUGCCGCGACAAGGACGAGGCGGAGCAGGCCGUGCACCGCAACGCCAACCUGGUCACGCAGAAACAGCAGGAGAAGCUGUUCCUGAAGCUGGCUCAGACAAAAUCAGCACUGGAGGACACUGACAGGAGUUACCAGCAGAGUGUGACCACAAUGGAGAAGAUCCGAGACGAGUGGCAGAAUGAGCACAUCAAAGCUUGUGAGUUCUUUGAGACUCAGGAGUGCGAGCGGAUCAACUAUUUCCGUAAUGCCCUCUGGCUCCACGUCAACCAGCUCUCCCUGGGCUGUGUCCAGAAUGAUGAGAAAUACGAGGAAAUCCGCAAGAGUUUAGAAAUGUGCAGCAUUGAGAAGGAUGUUGAUUUUUUUGUAAAUUUACGCAAAACUGGAAGUUUGGCUCCAGCUCCUGUUGUUUAUGAAAACUACUAUAAUGCCCAGAGAAAUGUGACUCCUGCGAGAAGUCCAGCUCCUGUGCCUAUAUCAAGGAGGGGACCUCUGCCCACCCCGACCAGUGCACCAGGGGAGCCUGAUUAUGCCACAGUUGAUGGCUACAGCUUGGUACAUUUCUAACAGUCACAGUUUUCCAGAAGGCAGAAGACACUGUUGGUCUGACCAGCAUGGCAGAGAUGGUGUUUUCAGUUAU